AUGGAACAACAGAACUACUCAAGCCUGGCUGAAUUUGUGCUCCUUGGCUUCCCCAAUGUCGAGCAUGUCAAGGAAUGGCUCUUUGUCCUGUUGCUGUUGGCAUACCUGUUCACCAUAUGUGGCAACCUGCUCAUCUUCUUACUCAUACGACUGGAUGCAGCUCUACACACACCUAUGUACCACUUUGUCAGUGUCCUCUCCUUCUUGGAGCUGUGGUAUACAGCCACCACCAUCCCUAAGAUGCUAGCCAAUCUUCUCAGUGAGAAGAAGACCAUAUCUUUUGCUGGAUGUCUCCUUCAGACCUACUUCUUCCACUCCCUAGGGGCCUCUGAGUGCUAUCUUCUUACAGCCAUGGCCUAUGACAGAUACCUGGCCAUUUGCCAGCCUCUCCACUACCCUGCAAUUAUGACCCCAACACUUUGUGCCAAGUUGGCUGCUGUUUGCUGGACUUGUGGCCUCCUGUGUCCCAUUUCUGAGGUCAUUCUGGUCUCCCAGCUCCCCUUCUGUGGCUACAAUGAAAUCCAGCACAUUUUCUGUGACUUUCCACCUCUGCUGAGCCUGGCUUGCAAGGACACAUCCAUUAAUGUCCUGGUGGACUUUUCCAUCAAUGCUUUCAUCAUCCUUAUCACCUUCCUCUUUAUCAUGGUUUCUUAUGGGAGAAUUAUUGAGGCUGUGCUAAAGAUACAAACAGCAGCAGGAAGAAAGAAGGCUUUCUCCACAUGUGCCUCACAUCUCACUGUGGUACUUAUCUUCUUUGGCAGCAUCGUCUUCAUGUAUGUGAGGAUAAAGAAGAGUUAUUCACUGACACUUGACCGGACACUUGCUGUAGUCUACUCUGUGCUAACACCACUGGCCAACCCAAUUAUCUAUAGUCUUCGUAACAAGGAACUCAUUAAGGCCAUCAAGAGGACCAUCUUCCACAAGAGGGGAAAGGCUAGUUUUACUCACCCCUAA